AUGGCAGUGAGAACUAAAAAGAGCAAGAGCAGUAACACCAAGAAGGAAGCCUCCUCCAAUGGGCCAUCCUCAUCUACCAGAAGUAAGACCAAUAAGGGAAACACUAAGCAAUCUGCUGAAACUGAGAUCAUUCCAGUAGAGAGAGUUAUGAACGCUGUUAAGAGCUUGCAAGAAUACUUGAAAGAACAUGGAACUGACGAGAGUUCGUUGCUUGACGAUUCGGAACUAAAGUCUCAAUUGCAAUUGGUUGUCGUCAACACCGAAUCGUUUUCUGGUUCUUUGAAGAAUUUCAAGCCUAAACUAGUCACAGUCCCACACUCCGUUUAUAAGCCAUGGAAGGAAGCAAGUACUACUAUGGUGAAAGAUUUCAAGACUCUAUUGAUUUUAAAGGAUGCUGACGCCAAUGCUGUAUCAUCAGAUGAUCUAAUCGAUCUACUUCCAGAACAUAUUACCAUCGAUUCUAUCGUGACUGGUAAGGAUUUGAAAACAAAAUACAAAGCAUUCGAAAAGAGACGUGCUUUUGUACAGGACUUCUCUUUGAUCUUGGCUGACGACUCCAUCGUAACAGCGUUGCCAAAACUAUUAGGAGGAAAGGCUUACUCUAAGCUAAGCACUACUCCAAUUGCUAUCAAUACAAGAUCGGAUAACAAGUUCAACAAAACAACUUUGGUAAAUAGCAUCAAGAAGGUUUACGAUACAAAGAUCCCAACCAAGAUCCCAAGAGGAAACACUCUAAAUGUUCACCUAGGUUCUUUGGAAUGGUUCUCACCAGAACAAUUAGCCGAAAACAUCGUAUCAGUUGCUAAGCAGUUUAUUGAAAAGUACAACAUUAGAACAGUCCUACUAAAAUCAAACGAGUCUCCAGUCUUGCCAUUAUACGUGAACCUCGAUGUGUUGGAUACCUUGGUUAAAUCCAAGCAAGAUUCAAAGGUCUCCGUCGAAUCUGACGUUGUUGAAAUCGACGGUGUUGAGAUACAGCUAUCUCAAUUCGACAAGUCUUUGUUGCAAAUUGCUAAUCCUGAUGAACUAGACACCCUAUUUGCCAAGCAAAUCAAACAAGCAAAGAGAAACUUGGAAGAAGUGGAGAAAGAAGAAGAGAAAGAGAAGGAACACAAGGAAGUAGCCCAUGUGUCAAACAAGAAACAAAAGAAGGCCGCUAAAUAG